AGGUUCCACACUAAAACCAAUCGACAAUAGUGGAAGUGACUCCACAAGCUUAUAAGGUGGUAUUUUCUUUCCUCUUUCUCCAAUGUGGGACAACUCACAUGUGGAGAACAUAGGUUUCAACAACAGAGCAUACCCUUAGACAAGAAAUAGGGGGAAGCAGGCCUACUAGUUCCUCCUCCAGAGCAUCUAGCCACAUAUAUUCACAAGUAGCCCAGUAACUAUUUCUUAAGCUCUCAAACUUUACAAUCAUUUGAGCUUUAAUUUUGCUUAACAAGAACCACAUCAAACUAUAACUUUUGCUUCCAAAGAGGUGUUCCAAGCAUGCCAGCAUCAUACUUUUGAUACUCUUUGGUCUUGAGCUUCUAUUGAUCUUCCUCCAAGUAGAGUUAAGAUUUUUACCUUUGAUGAUGGCCUUUGGAUUUUGAACUUAUGCUACUGGGUCUGAUAUCAUUAAUGCUGGGGCAAUGGGCUAGAUGGAUUUCUGAAAUAUGUGUAGAUUCGUCUCUUUUUAACAGUCGAUUUUAUGCUUGUUCUGAGAAAGACUUCACUUCCCAUGAGAAAUUUGUGUUUAAAGAGUCACUUCCCUCUUCCAAUGAGACUGAUAUACCCCCAAAGGGAUUGUUCAAUUCUGUUUCUCAUCGAUGUCCUGAAGGCCGGGAACCUUUUGUAUCUUAUGAAGGUCUUGAGCAGCUUCACCGUUUCUUAUUUGUGCUUGGUAUUACCCAUGUUCUAUAUAGUUGUAUAGCUGUUGGUUUGGCUAUGAUUAAGAUAUACAGUUGGAAAAAAUGGGAAUUCCAGGCAAUUUUGCAAGCAAAGAGGAACAAGGUGAUGAGGCGACAAACCACCUUUGCUUUCCAUCAUGCAUCACAUCCAUGGAGCAGAAACCGGUUUCUGAUUUGGAUGCUAUGUUUUCUUCGGCAAUUCAAGAGUUCCAUAAGGAAGUCGGAUUAUUUGGCACUACGUUUGGGUUUUAUAACUAAUCACAAACUGCCCCAACUCUAUGACUUUCACAAAUACAUGGUUAGGAGCAUGGAAGAUGAAUUUCACACAAUAGUGGGAAUCAGUUGGCCACUAUGGGGUUAUGCAAUAGUAUGCAUCUUACUCAAUGUUCAUGGGCUGAAUAUUUACUUUUGGCUUUCAUUUAUCCCUGUAAUUCUUGUCAUACUGGUUGGUACAAAGCUUGAGCACGUCGUCUCCCUUUUAGCACUGGAGAUAGCAGAACCAUCAUGUCCUUCUACGAGGACUCAAGUUAAGCCACGUGAUGAGCUUUUUUGGUUUGGGAAGCCACAACUUAUUUUGUGGUUGAUUCAAUUUGUUUCAUUCCAGAAUGCUUUUGAAAUGGCAACUUUUCUCUGGUCCUUGUGGGGAUUUGAGCAGCGGUCUUGUUUUAUGAAGAAUCACGCCAUGGUAAUCAUCCGUUUGGCUUCUGGAGUUCUCAUUCAAUUCUGGUGCAGCUAUAGUACUGUCCCUCUUAGUGUGAUUAUAACACAGAUGGGAUCAAAGUGCAAGAAAGCGUUGGUUGCAGAAAGUGUAAGAGAUUCAUUGCAUAACUGGUGCAAGAGAGUAAAGGAGAAGUCAAGGCGCUCACUUGCAGCAAGGUCAGUUUGUUCCCUUGAUGAGAUAGAUGAAGUAACAACUGUUGCAUCCCUCACUUUAUCACGGACUUCUUCAGUUGCUUCUUUAAAUGAGGUUAAAGUUACAGAUUUUGAGCAUCCAGAUCAAGCUACAAUACAAAAUUCCACUUCAGUCCCCGACGAUUUCUCAUUCCGUAUGUCAGAGUAUAUUUCUCAGUCUGCUCUAAAUACGUUUCCAGAUACACCUCAUCACACCAACCCCUUAAGCAAUCAGCAAGAUCAAGGAAAGUUUGACACCCUAGCAGAUUUACUACAGAAAACCUGAUUUUCGAGGUUGUAAUCUUUUAUUAUAUAAUUUCUAUUGUUAGAUUAGCACAUAACUUAUAUUAUUAUGCACCAAUCUUAAAACCAAACAAAUUCUAUGAUGCAGUAAGCAGUAAGUAUUCUAGAGGAAAUUGAUCACCUUUUUUGCAGAA